GUUUUAGCAGGGUUGUUACCUCAAUAAAGAUACAACGGAAAUGAGUAUCCUACAUUAUGGAAUUCGGUCUUUCUUAAUUUUGGCUCCGUUUAUGGCUUGCUCUGCUUUACGAUGGCACCACGAAUUAGUUUUCCGCAGCGUUAAAUGUUGGGUGCAUCCGGACUAUGGAAGCUGCCGUCUCGAGAUGAUCAAUAAAACCCAUAUUGAUUGCGACGUGGUUGCUGCAAGCAUGGUGUACGAUCCCUACAUGGACCUAGUUAUUGCGCAAGUGGAUGCAUCCCGCAGAAGCAGAACUGUUAUCUUAAGCAGGAAAUUUGACCUUUGCGACAAGAAUACCUAUGGGAAGACUGAUUACGCCUCGCUCUACGUAGUUUCGAUAAUUAAUUCAUUUUUGAAUGGCACCAAAUUCGAAUGUCCACUAUCGCCAAGGAAGUUCGCAAUUCGGAGCUUCACGUUGACUUCCAAAUUUGUUCCUUGGCAGUUAUUCUACAGACGAAAUAGUUAUUUAAUAGUGAAUGGAUCUUUCUUUGAAGUGAAACAAAAUUCAAAAAAAAAGGUUGGCUCCUAUCUUUUAAAUACAACAAUUGAAAAAACUCCAGCAUAA